GCCAGAACCCAAAAGCCCUAAAACUAACCCCAACAGCGGCUCAUGCUAUCAGGUUUAAAGUAACCCCUCAAAGAGAGGGAGAGAGAGAGAGAGAGUGUUUUGAUUGAUCGUGAUUUUAAGUGUGCAGGAGAAUAGUAUAAUGGAAAGUGGAACCGGGAAAGAGAGGAGCGUAGUAGCAGAAUCGGUAAUGGAGGCAGUGAAGAGAACAUCAAACAACGUUGAAGAAGUCAGAGCUCAGUUUCUCCAGUUUUUAUCACUAUGCAACGUCCAAGUACUCGCCGAAAUGCCUCCUCUACAACGGGCUGAAUCUCUUCUCUUGCUCGCCAAAGCCACUACAGCCCUCUUCACACUGAGGUUGAGAUGUAACGGCGUUCACCCAGAUGACCAUCCUGUCAAAACAGAGCUUGAGAGAUUAAGCUUGUACCGAGACAAAUUGGAGCGGUUCAUUGAUUUGAGUAAAGCUCCGCUGCGACCUUCGACUACCUUAAAUCGCCAGGCAGCAACCCGUUUUAUUGAGCAUUCUUUGCCAGAUCUUACCCUGGAGCAGAAGCAAAAUAUGAGGAAUGUCAGUAGAAGAGAGGGAGUAAAGAUUAAGUAUUCAGAGAGAAGUGUCCACAAGAAGAGGAAAUAUCAGUCAUCUGAGAAACAAUCAGUUCGAACUGCUGCUCAGGAAUUUCUUGAGAAAGCAGCACGCGAGCUUCUUGGUGAUAAGAAUGGUCGUUUUAAGGGACCUCUACAGCCUCAGGAUUCAGAUGAAGAUGACAUGCCCAUUGUCUGAUUCUCUGGUCACACAGGGCAGGCAUAUAUGGUGGUGUUAGCCAAUUUUUUUAUGGAAUGGUAUGCACCUAUUUUGUUUUCUUAUAUUGCGGUUUGCCUUUUCCCUGUGGUUCACAAAAGGCUUUUAUUGAUUUUCUACUUUCUGCUAUAUGGAUUCUUCUUUUGUUUUCCCCUCGGAGAAAUGGUGUAAUAUGCGCGUGUUUGCUGCAGUACCUUUUUGAAAUAGAUGUUUGUUUUGUAAGGCGUUUUCAGGCAAUUUCAUUUAUGAUAUUUUUUUGUUGAUUCA